CAGAGGCUCACUAGAGAAGGUUUAGAACAAAUGCAUGUUUGGUCAGGUGUGGGUCGGGACUCACGACUGUGGGUUCCUAUAGUGGCCUGGACCAUGGGCGUUGUGGGCGUGCUGGUGGGUGUGGGCUUUGCCCUCUACCUCAUUACCAAGUACAGGCAAAGAAGAUGGGGAAAAUGUAAGAGUAUGCGUCGCCUGGAGGGCAAGAUUGUAGUGAUCACAGGUGCUAAUUCGGGCAUUGGCAAGGAGACAGCAAGGGACUUGGCUAGCCGAGGAGCAAUUGUUGUCUUGGCCUGCAGGAACCGCCAAGCCGCUCUGGAGGCUGUCCGUGACAUACGCACAACCACAGGUGAUGGAGAUCUGAUUGUUAUGGAACUUGAUCUUGGCGACCUGGCGUCUGUCAGAACAUUCUCGUCAAAUUUACUUGAAAAAUUCAACAAAAUUGACAUCCUGAUCAACAAUGCUGGAGUGUUUGUUCCACCUGAGGAGCGAAGGAAAACCAAGGAUGGUUUUGAAAUCCAUCUGGGAGUGAACCAUCUGGGUCACUUUCUUCUCACGCAUCUGCUUCUCCCUCGCAUUCAGAGUACGCCCAGUUCUCGGAUCAUCAUUGUGUCAUCAUCUCUGUAUAGACAUGGAAGAAUUGACUUUGACAACCUAGAUGCUGACAAAGGCUGGGAUGUGAAGAUCCGACCCAAUGUCUUAUACAGCAACUCCAAACUAGCCAAUAUCUUCCACAGUCAAGAGCUUGCUAGAAGACUGCAAGGCAGUGGCACAGGAGUGUUUGUGCUGUGUCCCGGAUUUGUGUACACAGGCCUCAUGCGUUAUGUUGUUGCCAACUUUAGCUGGAUCAAGAAACUCUGCUUUACUCCCAUUAUCCUCAUUUACAUGAGGAAUGCAAACCAGGGAGCCCAGACCACAAUUCAUUGUGCCAUAUCUGAAGAGUUGGAUGGUGUAGAAUGGGGAUUCCUACGUGAGUGCAAGAUAGACACAUUGGAGAAAAUUGCUGAAGAUUGUGAGACGGCCACCAAGCUCUGGGAUGUGUCAAUGUCUCUUGUUGGGGAGAGGGUGGCAGGGAUGGCCACUGUUGGUGAGAGGAAAGAGGCGGUUUUGGAAGAGCAAAGAGCCUCCUUGGAGGAAAGAGAGGCAUAUGUAGACAGGGAUGAAAGAGAGCUAGUUGAAGAUGAGGGAAUAACAAUGGAAGAAGAGGAGGAGGAGGAGCAUGAAGCUGUGGUAGAAGAUAAAGAGGAAUUGCCAGAAGAAGAACUGUCUUUAGAUGAAGAAGAGCCAUCUUCAGCUGAUGAUGAUGAUGAACUAUUAGUGAACAGGUCACUUGAUGAGGGAAAAUCAUUGUUACCACACCAACACUUGCAAGGUCAUAAAUCAAAAUAAUUAAAGAGGAAUUUUGUAAAUACCUGUACUGUAAGUUUUGUUGUUUUUCUUUAGUAACUAUAUCUGAACAAUAGCCUACAUAUAAGUACUCUGUGCAGUUAUUAACAUGACUUUUGUAAAUAUUACACAUUCAGAAGUAUAUAAAAAAGACUUAUUUGUAUAUCC